AUGAACCCCAUUUCUCACACAGGAUUUAUAUCAUUUCGAGCAUUGGAUUGAAGAAGCUUCAACUGCCACUUCAACUACCACUUCAACUGCCAUAACUCAAGGCUAUGGAAUCCCAGAGCUGUCGUUUGACCAAGUCUUUAGCCUCCUCUGCUAAAGGGUGCUGGUGCAUCAACAAAUAUACAAACCCCAUGAUUCCAUCGCAUUAAGCUGUUACAGUUCAAGCGGUUCAUUCGACAGUGUAGACACGCUGUUCAGGGUCAAAUCCUCCUUCUUUGCCAUGUAAACCCAUUGGGUGACCUUCGGCAACUCUCACUCUCUCAGCCUCUCUGCGGAGGCCAAUUGACCAUCUGCUUCUGAAGGAAUCUGGAUAGACAGGACUGCGCUCCAUUGGGCAGCCGGAGCAGGGCACGAACAGGCGGUGCGUCUUCUCUUGGAUCACGACGCCUCCGUCAACGAUGUGGAUAACUUUGGGAUGAACGCCCUCCUCUUGUCGGCUUGGUUCGGCCACCUGCGCAUCCUUCAGAUCCUGGUCAACGCCGGCGCCAAAACCAACUGUGCAAACAAGAAUGGACGCCACUUGCUGCAUUGCGCUGCCCAAAGAGGACACCUGAAGGUGAUUGAGUUCAUCAUGGAAGAUCUGGAGGAUGUGCGGCUGGAUAAGAAAGACAAGAUGGACCGGACUGCCUUUCAUUUAGCAGCAGAGAAUGGGCACCUCGAAGUAGUGGAGUUCCUGGUUGCCUUGAGUUGUGCACAGAACCUUAAAGACAAGGAGAAGAACACAGCCCUCCAUUUAGCUGCCAAGAAUGGUCACACACGGGUGCUACGGAAACUUAUUGAAAUUGGGAUGGACCUUGAUGAGAAGAAUAUGGAAGGGUUGACUGCACUGCAUUUGGCUGUUGAAGGAGGACACCAUGGCUGCCUGAAUCUACUCCUGGAAGCCGGCUGUGAUAUCAAUGCCCAAACUCAGAAAAACAUGACCUGCCUUCAUUACGCUGCACUGAAUUGCUACGAAGACAUGGCCAGGAUCCUGAUCAAUGCAGGGAUUCAAAUAGAUGCACUGAAUUAUCAAAACUCCUCUGCUAUGCAUAUUGCGGUGCUACACAAUCAUCCAUCCUUGGUCAAGCUCCUGAUUGAUGCCGAAUGUGACCUGGACAUCCCUGAUAAUAGGCAGCAGAGCCCGCUGCAUAUUGCUGCUGAAUAUGGGAGGCAAGACAUUGCGGAGAUCAUCCUGAUCGCCGGGGUGAAUUUGAAACUCACAGACAAGCAAGGGAAAACAUCACUAGAUAUUGCUGCCCGUGGGAACCACGUCAACUUGGCUGAUAUGAUCAUCAAAGCAGAUAGGUUUUACAAAUGGGAAAAGGAUACGCUGAACAGCGAUUCUGACUCCUGGAUAGCCAAGCACCUCACCUUCAAGCAAGACCACCGUCUGGAGACCAAACACAUCCGUUCGGUCAUGUGGAGACUCGCUACCAAAUACCUCAAACCCAGUGAGUGGAAGAAGCUGGCGCAUUACUGGAAAUUCACUGAGGCACACAUCCGAGCGAUUGAACACCAGUGGGCAGGCACCAAAAGUUAUCGGGAACACGGCCACAGGAUGCUGCUGAUUUGGUUCCACGGCAUGAUCAUGGCGGGGGAAAACCCGGUCAAAGGGCUCUAUGAAGGUUUGGUGGGCAUCGGGAGGAAAGACUUGGCAGAGAGCAUCCGGAAACAAGCAAACGCCGAACCUACUUCUCCAAGGAAGUGUGCAGCUAUGUGAAGCCUGAGAAAAUGACAAGAGUCCAGAUCCUAUUGCUGUAAAUGGGUUGCAACCAAUGGAACUGACCUAAUCAUUUUUUAAGAAACUAUGGUUCUUCAAAUAGGUUGUCAUUAACCUGUCUCUAAGGGCUUCACGCCAUAACAAAUGGCACCGUUUUUCCACCUGAGAUAUCAGGUAAACAUAAAAUGUGCAUCACCGCAAUCCAUUCUGGCAGGUAAUUGAGUUGUAUUUUUAAUCAGAGAUUGAUUUCCUAACUCUGACGCUAAGGUCCUCUUUUAAGCCUAAAUCCCAUUGAAUCCAUUGAAGUUGCCAUUGCAUGAAGGUGGUUUUUAAAACCAGAAUAUCUCACUGUGAAGUAUAGAAUGCCUUCUGUUUUGUGGAGCUCCAUCAUGGAGAUGUCCUUGGGCCACCUUCCCAAUAUUCCUUAUGUUAGAUAAAGAUGCUGGGAUCUGCAGUCUGUGAUCUGCCAAGGCAUACAUAUUCACCUCCGUUGUGGAAACCUAGCAGCAUUUCUCUGAUUUUCAUUUGAAAAAUAACUGCGCCUCGUUUUGUCAAUUUAAAAUGCUCCUCUUGCUGCCAACCAAGCGCUGGCGAUCUGUGUAUAUUUUCAGUGUGGUUUGUUUACAACUUUAUCGUGGAAGUAUAAUUUAUUUUUGGGGAUUUUGGCUCCACGUAGCCCACCCAUCCCAUUAUCUAUUCCAUAUAGGAUAUUCCCUUAUUACAUUUCAAAACCCAACCAAUCAUGGGAAUCAUAAACUGCAGGUUCCAGCAUUUGGUUAUGCUAUUUAGAGCUGCAGGAAUCUAUAGCUCAACAUCUGGAAGACUGCAUGGUUGCCAUCACAGUCAAGGUAAAGGUGACCUUCUGAGUCUCAGGGUGCAUCUACACUGUGGAAUUAACUCAGUUUGACAUCACUUUAACUCUGGUUGGCAAGAAACCAUCCCUUUUUGACAGAGACGACUAAAGACCUUCUCAAAUUAUAAUAGCACUAGCUUGGAGACCUGGCGGUGCCUGGGUUAGAAGAAGGCAAUGUUUGUUUUUUUAUUUUAUUUAUUUAUUUAUUUAUUUUUCAAGCUUAUAUGCCGCCACUCCCCUAGGGCUCGGGGUGGCUUACAAGAACAGGCUAAAAUCAACAAUUUAUUUAUUUAUUUAUUUAUUUAUUUAUUUAUUUAUUUAUUUACAGCAUUUAUAUUCCGCCCUUCUCACCCCGAAGGGGACUCAGGGGACUCACAUUACACAUAUAGGCAAACAUUUAAUGCCUUUUAACAUAGAACAAAGACAAGACAAACAUAGGCUCCGAGCGGGCCUCAAACUCAUGACCUCCUGGUCAGAGUGAUUCAUUGUAGUGAUUCAUUGCAGCUGCUCUCCAGCCUGCGCCACAGCCCGAGCCCAUUUAAAAAACAUCUUUAAACAUCUUUUAAAAAAAUCUUAAAAUGUUUUGGGGUGAAGUUUGGUCCAGAUCCGUCAUUGGCUUGGUUCAGUGCUGUCUGGAUAAGGGUGAACUACAACUUCCAGAUCUGAAGUUAAUCACCCCCAAAUCAGUCCUGUAUGCACAGUUGGCCAUGUUGGGUCUGUGUGCCAAGUUUAGUCCAGAUUUGUUGUCGACUGGGUUCACUGCUGUCUGGAUAAGGGUGAACUACUACUCCCAGAUCCGAAGUCAAUCACCCCCAAACCAGGCCUGUAUGCACAGUUGCCAAGUUUGGUCCAGAUCUGACGUCAGCUGGAUUCAGUGCUUUCUGGAUGUAGGUUAAUGUCGCACCUCAGAAUAGUUCACCUUGCUGUUGACACCAGAUCACACACACAGAUAGUCUUUUGUAAUUUUAUUGAGCAAAAGCAAAUAUAUAUCAAAGAAGGCAGAAAUAAAGUUCCCAAAGUAGUUGUAAAAAGAGUCAGUAAAUCCAAUAGUCCAUAGGCAAAACAAGAGUCAGUAAAUCCAAUAGUCCAUAGGCAAAACAAGAGUCAGUAAAUCCAAUAGUCCAUAGGCAAAGCGGGAGUCAUUAAUCCAAAAGAACAAAGGUCCAUAGGUUACAAAGAUCCAGGAACAGGAGAAUCUCUAAGACAAGAAAACAGACAUCCACUCUGAUGAAGCGAGAAUUUGCUUUGACAAAUAUAUGUCUCUCAACACACAGUUUUAAAAGCAACCCAAAAAUGCAUUUCUCUUUCCUUCGGAGACCUCCCGCUUUCUAGCUAAUCUCAGGCUGCGGUGAGGCUGAGGCAUUCCUUUCCAUUGCAAACGAUCUGCUCUAGAUAGCAAUGGCACUUCCUCAAGGCCAACUAAAUCAUUAUCUUGCACCUGAACAAGGGCCUGAGACAAUCCAGCUCAUUAGUUCCCAUGGGAAUGUCUUCCUGGUUGUUAUCUAUGACAGGCUGGUUCAAGAGUUCACCAACAAGCUGUGUUCCUGGCUCUUCUGAACCAGCCUGUAUAAUUCCCAUCCCCAUGCAAUCAUCCUGAAAUUCAUCCUGCAUCCCAUCAUCUGGCUCCUGCAUCUGGGAACCCAGAAUCCCCUUCCUCAUCUUCAGACUGGCUCUGCUGCUGCUGAGUCACAACACUUAACUAUAAUUUCCGAAAUCAAGGUCCAUUUCCACAAGCCCCUGCAGUAUGUUCAGUUGGUCUCUGUGCCAAGUUUGUUCCCAGUCCAUUGUCAGUGGGGGCCACAAUAUCAGUGAAGGUACUACAAGUCCCGUUAUCUGUGGCAAGUUUGGUCCAGAUCCAUCGUUGGUUGGGUUCACAGUGCUCUCUGGAUGUAGGUGAAGUACAGCUCUUGUAGAUCGUGGUGAAUUAUCCCCAAACUUCUUGUUCAGUUGCUGAUUAAUUCCUCUGUUAACUGUACGCCAUAGGGAAGGGUUAAGGGAGAGGCAGUGGGCGGGGUCAUGCAAAUUAAGGAAACCUGGGAUGUCCAUUCUGGAGGAAAAACAGAACAUCUAGGAUUAAAUUGUCCCCAGGAAAACCUUCACUUGGGUGGGGGGCAGAACGGUGUUUGUGGAGGACACGGGCAGGGUUUGGGCUACAUGUUCCUGGUGCUCACUGUAACCUGCAUGUCAGUGAAAGGAGGGCCAUGGGUGUCUCCUGCUCAGUGGGAUCUAUAGCUGUUUGUGGAGGCCGGAGGCUGUUUGUGUAAGUGGACACGACACCUCCUCCACAUACACAUCUUCACUUUUAUUAUGUGUAUACUUGAACUGCAUUCGUUCUGCAGCAUAGGUGCAUUCCAAUACAACUGAGUUCAAUUUCUGCUUAACUUUGGAUGCAUUACUUGAACAAGUGAGAAUAUUAAGCACAACCAAACUGAACACAGAUGAGAUGUAGUGUUUUGAUCUAGGUUUUUUGGUGGCACCAUCAUAGAGCUGUUGAUGGCUGUGUAUCUACUGCAUUGUUUCUUGUAAUUCAGGAUGGGAAUCCAUGUUUCUAAAGUGAACUCUGCCAUGGCAAAAGGUUCAGAGGUGCAUGCUUGUUGAGGCACAAAACUUCAUCGCAAGAGACGCGUUGACAAUAUCUCUAUAAUGCAGCAGGGAUGGGAGCCAUGCCAUCAACUCCAAUCCCUCUAAUCCAAUGCCUUGGGAAUCGUAUCCAUAAUCGUUCGGAGCAAUGCUCCAACUGGGGUUGCACGAGCCAUGGAACGGCAGGUUAUUCAACCCCGUGUAAAUAUCAAUGAGGAUUUGGGGUGGCCAACAAAAGGUGCGGGGAAGCCAUUGUACAACUGAGCCAAUACUUCUAGGGUUCCGGCUAACCGUUUCCCUACAUUUUUAGCUAUGCACUUGGAGACAAUAAGCCGGCCAGCCCCUCCUCCUUAGCAUGUCGACGGCAGCAACGUCAAUACAAGGAAAUGCGUCAGUUCUGGAAGUGCCAUGAAAAUACAAUGCCAAGCCAGAGAAAGUCCAUUAACACAAUGUCCUGCCCUUUUGGAUCUUCUAAUGUUUGCAGAUUUUAAAAUAGUAGAGUCUCGCUUAUCCAACAUAAACGGGCCGGCAGAACGCUGGAUAAGCAAAAAUGUUGGAUAAUAAGGAGGGAUUAAGGAAAAGCCUAUUAAACAUCAAAUUACGUUAUGAUUUUACAAACUAAGCAACAAAACAUGUUUUGCAACAAAUUGACAGGUAAAGCAGUUCAAUAUAUGGUGAUGUAGUAAUUACUGUAUUUACGAAUUUAGCAGCGAAACAUCGCAAUGUAUAGACUACAUUCCCUACAAAAAUAUUUGACUACUAAAAGGCAGAAUGCGUUGGAUAAUACAGAACGUUGGAUAAGCGAGACUUUAUUGUAUUGAAAUGCUUUAAUGCAAGCUGCUUUGAGUCUCCUUCAUGGAGCAAAAGAGCAGAGUAUACAUAAACAUCAUCAUGGGAAACAAACCCAAGAAUAGCCAAAAAUUUCCUCCUGGUUUUCCAGAAGAGAUUAAUACAAGUCUGCAUAGGGUUCUCCUGUACACUUUAUUGUGCUAUUUAUUACUAAUUUAAUUUUUAUUUAUUUGACCAGUCAUAUGACCAUUUCAAAAUACUCUACCUCCGCAGGGAUAUGGUCCGACCCAGGAGACUUAUGAACAUUUUGUGAUCCGCCCCGAGUCUCUCAGGGAGAUGGUGGUGGGAUAUAAAUAAAGUAUUAUUAUUAUACUAUUAUUAUUAUAUUGUAUGACACAGCAAACAAGAUAGAUAAGCUGGAUUUCGUAUUACAAAAUCACAAGUCGAACACUUCCCAAGCGUCUAGGACUGGGUGAUGUAUUUUCGGAUGAUGCGUGCAGAUCCCAGUAGGGUGGCCUUUUGCAGUUGGCAGAUCGUAAUUUUGUCAAUGUUUAUUGUUUCCAAAUGCUGGCUGAGAUCUUUUGGCAUGGCACCCAAUGUGCCAAUCACCACCGGGACCACCUGCACUAGUUUAUUAUUAUUAUUAUUAUUAUUAUUAUUAUUAUUAUUAUUAUUAUUAUUAUUAUUAUUUUAUUGUAUGACACAGCAAACAAGGUAUGCUAGAUUUCGUAUCACAAAAUCACAAGUUGAACACUUCCCAAGUGUCUAGGACUGUGUGAUGUAUUUUCGGAUGCAUCAUCCAGUAGGGUGGCCUUUUGCAGUUGGCAGAUCGUGAUUAUUAUUAUUAUUAUUGAGUGCAUCUGUAUUGUAGAAUGAAUGCAGUUUGACUCUACUUUGACUGCCAUGACUCAAUGUUAUGGUACCAUGGGAGUUGUAGUUUUACAAGGUUAAGCUUUCUCUUCCAAAGAGGGCUGGUGCUACAUCAAACGGCAACUUCUGCAAUUGCUUAGCCUUGAGCCAUGGCAGUUUAAAGUGUUGUCGAAGUGCUUUAAUUAUACAAUGCAGAUACACCCAAAUCAAAGUCAGUCUGAGGAGGAUCCAGAGGGCAUUACAGGCCAUGUAGACAUCUUUAAGGGCCGCUCAACUUUAAUAUAAGCAUUUACUGUUUCUCUGAAGGGCUUCUCUUUGGCAUCAACAUUCAAUUGAGAGAUUUGUCCCAGAACACAAACCCCCAAUUGCUUCCUUCCCUGUAUCCUACAGGUUGGAAAUCUCAACUUCAAGGCAGCAUGCAGACUUGGUCCUAGAAAAGAUAGUGACCAGGUUGUUGCAAACGUUGGUCAGACUUUCUUAAAAUUUGUCAUGAAGUUUUUGUAUUUUUUUUAAGUGUUGAAGCAUCUGGUUUUCAAAUAAACAAGGUUUCCCUUAA